AUGGCGGCUGUGACGUUCAAAGCUAAUGUCGUCGAUUUUCUGCCGUUGGUGGGGCGGUUUGGGUUUGGGGGAGCUGUGGAGAGGAAGCUGAGGGCUGUGCAGGAAAAGAGGGAAAGUUUCGCGGAGAAUUUGAUUGGAAUGUAUCGCCGGAGAAUUCGUAUGGCUGACGAUGGCGGCAAAAAACAGAGGAGUUUGAUCGGUGUUCUGUUGGAUUUGCAGAGAGCUGAGCCAGAGUACUAUACAGAUGAAGCUAUUCGAAACCUUCUCUUGGUACUAAUCCAAGGAGCAUCUCAUACAUCUUCAACCACGCUCGAGUGGGCGCUCUCGCACCUCCUACGAAAUCCAGAUAUCAUAAAAAGAGCAAGAGCCGACAUCGACAAACUUGUCGGCCAGCACCGCCUCAUAAUCGAAUCCGACUUGUCCGAACUCCCAUACCUCCAAUUCAUAAUCAACGAGACACUACGGAUGCACCCGGCAGCCCCACUCCUAACACCUCAUGUGUCGUCCGAGGACUGCAUAGUCGGAGGAUUCCAAGUUCCACGUGGCACGAUGCAGCAAGCAGAGAGAAAUUUACGAGACCGGAAGUAG